GAGAAAAGGUUGGACCCUCUUUGUUUUUCUGUUCAGCCAUAAAAAAGCCUUUGACGAGAAAGUUUCCAUUCUACUUUCUCUCUCUCUCUCUCUCUCCUCUUUGUUCUCUCAAACACCCAAAGCAUAUAAAAAACUUCACAAAUGUAAUAAAUUAAACGCAUAUAUCUUAUACUUUCAUGUUCAUCAUCAACAACUAGCUUUUUCUUUUCAAAAUCCAAUCAUUUGAUCUACUGAUCAAGACUUUGCAAUAUCUCUCUCCCUCUCUCCCUUGUUGUUUCUUAACUCAAGCUUCUAUCACCUUUUUCGUCUUUCUCAUAUUUUCAAGACUUGAUGUUUUACAGAAUAGAGACUAUAUAAUCAAGCAGAAGUGAAGAUCAAGAAAGAGGAAGAUAUCAUCAACUGGAGCUGUUUUUUUGAGAGGGAGAUGGCGAACCAUAGAAUCAGCGAAGCCACAAACCAUAACCAUAAUCAUCAUCUUCCUUAUUCACUAAUCCAUGGCCUCAACAACAAUCAUCCACCUCCUGGAUUCAUUAACCAAAAUGGAUCGUCGAGCUUCGAUUUUGGAGAGCUAGAAGAAGCAAUUGUUCUGCAAGGUGUUAAGUAUAGGAACGAUGAAACAAAGCCACCUUUAUUAGGAGGAGGAGGAGCUACGACUCUGGAGAUGUUCCCUUCAUGGCCAAUCAGAACUCACCAAACUCUUCCUACUCAGGAGAGUUCAAAGUCAGGAGGAGAGAGCAGCGAUUCAGGAUCUGCGAAUUUCUCCGGCAAAGCUGAAAGUCAACCGCCUGAGUCUCCCAUGAGUAGCAAACAGAAUCAUCAUCUCAUGCUUCAGCAUCAUCAUCAUCAGAAUAACAACAACAUGGCGAACUCUAGUUCAACAUCUGGACUUCCCUCUACUUCUCGAACUUUAGCUCCUCCUAAACCUUCGGAAGAUAAGAGGAAGGCUACAACUUCAGGGAAACAACUUGAUGCUAAGACACUGAGACGUUUGGCCCAAAAUAGAGAAGCUGCUCGCAAAAGUCGUCUUAGGAAAAAGGCGUAUGUGCAACAGCUAGAAUCAAGUAGGAUAAAGCUUUCCCAGUUGGAGCAAGAACUUCAGCGUGCUCGUUCUCAGGGGCUGUUCAUGGGUGGUUGUGGACCACCAGGACCUAACAUCACUUCCGGAGCUGCGAUGUUUGACAUGGAAUAUGGGAGGUGGCUAGAGGAUGAUAACCGGCAUAUGUCGGAGAUUCGAACCGGUCUUCAGGCUCAUUUAUCGGACAACGAUCUAAGGUUGAUCGUUGACGGUUACAUUGCUCACUUCGAUGAGAUAUUUCGAUUAAAAGCCGUGGCUGCGAAAGCUGAUGUUUUCCACCUCAUCAUUGGAACAUGGAUGUCCCCAGCCGAACGAUGUUUUAUUUGGAUGGCUGGUUUCCGUCCAUCCGACCUAAUCAAGAUAUUGGUGUCACAAAUGGACCUAUUGACGGAGCAACAACUGAUGGGAAUAUAUAGCCUACAACACUCGUCGCAACAAGCAGAGGAAGCUCUCUCGCAGGGUCUCGAACAACUUCAGCAAUCUCUCAUCGAUACUCUUGCCGCAUCUCCAGUCAUGGACGGAAUGCAACAAAUGGCCGUUGCUCUCGGCAAGAUCUCUAAUCUCGAAGGCUUUAUCCGCCAGGCUGAUAACUUGAGGCAGCAGACCGUUCACCAGCUGCGACGGAUCUUGACAGUCCGACAAGCCGCACGGUGUUUUCUAGUCAUCGGAGAGUACUAUGGAAGGCUCAGAGCUCUUAGCUCUCUUUGGUUGUCUCGCCCACGAGAGACACUGAUGAGUGAUGAAACAUCUUGCCAAACAACGACGGAUCUGCAGAUAGUUCAGUCAUCGCGGAACCACUUCUCCAAUUUCUAAAAUGAAAAAUGUAACUUUUUUUAUAACUAAAAAAUGGCCAAGUUUCCAUUGUCUGUCUUAAUUUCCACUUAUUUCGUUAUAAGUUGUACUAGAAAAUAUAGGAUCUUCGUAAUCGUUUCGCCCUUUUUAAUUAUAGUUCUCUGCUAUUAUAUGAAAUUAACGUACGUAAAUGGAACCGAUUUAUGUGCGAUUAAUGAUA